AUGAGUGUUCUACUCAGUAUGCAAAAUUCGCAAACUAUUGCAAAUUUACCCAAACAUAUGAUUGGUUCUAAUUAUCAUCCUACAGGGAUAACUAAUCUUUCCAAUAUUCUUGUCUCUAAUACGGGUAGAAUUGGUUGUAGUGGUGGUUGUGGUGGUGGUGGGGAUGAUGAUGUUGAUGAAGAUGAUGAUGAUAACAGGGGGAAUCAUUUAUCUGAUCCCAGUUAUUGUUUAAUUCCAUCAGAGAAUGAUUUUACACCGAUUUCAUCCAAUGAUAAUCAAUGCGUUGAUGUAUAUAUGCGACAGGUAACUAAGUCAACAAGAACUAAUGCGACUACGAAUAAAUUAGAUUCGGUGAAUCACUUCGUAAUACAAUCACAACAGCAUCAGUCGCCUGCUUCUCCUCCCUCUUUGCCACCACCACCCCUACCUCCACAGCCGCCUCAAAAACAACAACAACAACACUAUCUUAAAACAUCAUCUAUUUCAUCACUAACCCAGUCAUCUUCUUCAUUAUCAGACAAUCAAAGAAGAUUAGCAGUGGAAUUAAAUUCCCGAUUUCAAACACAACAGAACAAUCGAUUAGUCUUGUUUAAGACAAAAUCAGAAAAUAAAUGUGAUACUAUUAAUGAUAAUUUGGAAAAUUCAAAUUCAUUGGACAUUGAAUUGACAGUGAAUAAUAAUAAUAACUGUCAACAAUCAUCUGUUCAAGUACAACAACAACAGAAACAUAAUUUCUCUGACUAUCAUUCACAUCAUUCACAUCAUCAUCAUUAUCAAACGAAAAUGUUGAAUUUAUGCUCGAAUUCAAUGGAUUUAUUGAAUAAUGCCAAUGUAGACAAUGUAGGAUGUCUUUCAUCAAAUUAUUCACAUUUUAUGCAAACAAAUCGAAGCACCAGUGAAGAUUAUGAAUUUGAUACGAUGAAUAAUGAUGAAAUGAAUAUGAUGCAUCAUGGAACUUUUCAUUCAACAACAGCGCAUCAUGAUGAUGAUGAACACCAUCUUCCUCGUCAUCAUCAUCAUCCUCAUCCUCAUCAUCAACAUUCGCAUCCAAAUGAGUUUUAUUCAUUUCCAAAUAAUUCAUGGAAAUAUCUUAAUUCUAAACAAUCUUCGGUUAUAAUGAAUAGUCAUGUUAAUAAUAGUAAUAAUAAUUUACUUAAUAAAUUCAACAUUUCUACUAAUCCAGUUUUAUCAACACGAAAAAAUUGUAGUACUACAAUGACCAUGCCUGUUACAAAUACUACUAUUGACAAUAUAAGUAGUCAUGAUCAUGAGAAUUCACUUGUUACUAAUUCUACAUAUACAACAACUCAUUCACAUUGUGAUUAUACUUCAUUCACUAAUCCAAAUCAACCAAUGGAACAAUUAUUAGAAUCGCCAACAUGUUAUCAUAAUGUGUCGACAAAAUUAUCAGCAUCAUCAGCAUCCGCAUCAUCAUCAUCAUCGUCAUCGUCAUCCUCAACGGCAUCGUGUACUCCACCAUCAAUAUCAAAAUUUAAUGGUACAUUAAUGAUGCCUAUGAUUCAUCAACAUACAAUGCAACAACAUUUACAACAAUCUAAUAAAAAUGAACGUCUGUCAAGCAAGUAUUCGCAUCAAAAUACACUGAAUAUAAAUAGUAAUAAUAAUAGUAAUGGUAAUAAUAAUACUAAUAAUCGUCAACCCAAUGUCACUGUAAUUUAUCCAUGGAUGAAACGUGUACAUUCAAAAGCAUCUAGACAAACUGUAGGAAAAGCAUUGAACGCUAAGCAUCAAAUUAAAAAACAAACUGCAUUAGUAAGUCCAAUUCAACAUUUAGAAACUGAAGAAAUAAUUAAACCACAUCAUCAUCAUCAUCAGCAUCAUCAUCAACAACAACAACAAAGUACCGAGCAUUUUAACAGUAAAGAAUUAAAAACAAGCACAAAACAUUCAAGCAUUGAUCAACAAUUAAAUUUGCAUGAAUCCUCUCCACCUCUGUCAAUUUCGCAUGCAUCACAAACUUCAACCGUAUUAGGCAUUCAAUCUAGCACAGUUGGUCAAGUGAAUUGGACAAGAGAUGAUCAUCACCAUCAUCAUCCGCAACAACAACAACAACAACACCAACAACGUCAGAUUAUGGAGUCAUCAACAGAUUUAAUCAAGUCGCCUAAAUGUAUUAUCGAUCCUUCAUCAUUCUCGUUAGAUGAAACUGAAGAUAUAUGUUACAUCAGUCAACCAAAUGAUCCGAAACGUACUCGUACAGCAUAUACACGACAACAAAUUUUGGAAUUAGAAAAAGAAUUUCAUUAUAAUAAAUAUUUAACACGAAAAAGACGUCUUGAAAUAGCGCAUACUUUAACAUUGUCUGAAAGACAAAUUAAAAUAUGGUUUCAAAAUCGUCGAAUGAAAUGGAAAAAAGAACACCAUUUACCAGGGAUGAAACAGCGAUUGAUUGAGUCAAGAUCACCAAAUACUCAUUUCAGUAAAUUGCAUAAUAAUACCAAUAAUAUAGCUGUUAUGAGUACGACUAAUAACAGUAACAAUAACAACAGCAAUAUUCAUCCCAGUUUGCCUCUUCAAGCAUCAUCCUCGUCAUUAUUUUCAAAUCCAUUUCAGUUAAUGCCGCAAGAUUUAAAAUCAGACAAUUCAUCUAAUUGCCCAAUAACUUCUAAUGGUGAUGAUACUUCACUAAUGACACCUGAUCACUGGUCAUCAAUGAUUUCAAAUAAUUUACAAACCUAUAACAAUCCAACAAUAAAUACACCAUAUCCUCCUUCUUUACCACCAACUCAAAAUCCUCAUCAUGCAAAUGGUAGCUAUAAUCCGAUUAAUAGUGAAAGUCCAAUUCUCUCUGACUAUACAUCACCAGUAUUGAAUAUUGAUCAGUUACAUUUUCAUUCAAAUCAUUUACACAACACACAAGAUCAUCAUAAUGAAAAUAUUGGCAAUCUAUUUCAAAAUAACAAUAUGGUGAAUAAUUCAAGAUAUUCAACUGUGCCAGUCAAUGAUAUGCAUUUAUCAAAAGCAAUGAGACAAAAUUAUUUAUCAAAUCCAGAAGAAAUAGAUGAACAACAAACUGUUUGUCUAACACGGAAUUAUAGUAAUCAGAGUGACUGUAGCAGCAGUAUAUGUAGUGGGCGAAAUAGUAAUUGUGGUAGUAACAGUACUGUUAACUGUAGUAGUCAUGGCAGAGAAGCAAUUGUCUGAGAACAUUAUAUAUUAACACGUAUACGUAUUUAUUAUAUCUGAUUAAUUUAUUUACAAAAAAUGCAUAAUCAUUCACAUCUAUUGAACAUCUGUAAUUAUAUACAUUCAACAUUGAACAUAUAUUCAGUUGUCUGUUUGAGUUAUAUCACAUUUUUAAACUGUGAAAUUUCAGUGAUUAUUUCUCAUCACUUAUUUCUUUAUUUAAUAAUAUUGUAGAAAAAAAGAAUCAUAUUUUAUAAAUUACAUUCCAUGUGAAGAGAACAGCAUGAAAAAAAUCCUACUAUAAUAAUUAUUAUUACUACUACUACUACAGCUACUACUACUACUACCACUACUACUCCUACUACUAAUGCUGCUAAUACUACUAAUAUUAAUCGUAGUCACAUUAUAAGUAUACUGAAAUGAAUUGUUAUCGUUCAAAAUCAAUUUUAAUGAUCGGAAAGAGACGUGAUACUAAAAUAAAAUUUAUUCAUAUUUUGUACAAGUCAACUCAUUCAGAUUUUUUUUCUUUUGUUUGUUGUGGACUGGUUUUCGACUGACUUCACGUCGGUAAAAUACAGUCAAUGAAAACUGAAAGUGUAUUCAUGCAAAUUUUUCACAUGAAUCUACUAAACUUUACCACUUUCUAAUAUCUUAUUACAUUGUGUGUAAAACACUACAAUACAACAUUUUAAUGAUGCAGAACGGAAGCGACAUUACAUUCUUAUAAAAAUAAGUUGAUAAAUGAUAAUGAUCUUUUUUUUCGGAAACGGAGAAACGAAAUUAUUCGGUGGAGAGUGAAUAAACCAUGCAACCUUUCCGUUUUCUACUUUUCUUUCCUUAUGAUCAGCCAUACACAACGUUGAGUCAGUUAUUGAAGAUCAACAAAACAAAAGGUCAACAACAUAUGAUUGAUUAAUUGUGAAUAAAGUAUUAUUUUCCACAAAAAAACGCUG